CAAGUCUACAUUAAUUUGUGCAUGCCGGUUCAAAAUUUCAAACGACUCAAAUAUCCGAUUAUCGGUAGCAGUCUUACCAUCAUCUUGAAUUGUUGCGAGGUGAAAUCUCAAUAUAAAUUUAAACAACAAACCUGGUUAGCUUUUCUUUAACGCUUUCCCUUUGAAACUGAAUGCAAAAUAAGUUGAUUCCGUUUCAGUGCCUGCCUCUUGGAUAAACGCUCCAAUGAUUUAUCGGUGAUCUCAUUUUCAAAUCACGAGAUUAUACCAGUUAAGAGAAAUAUCAUAGAGAUACCAUUGUUAAUACAGACGCUAACAAAACAAACAGUUUGGUGCAUGGAAAGCAUUAUAAAUUUUCAAACGAAUUUCAGAAAUUUGAUGGAUUGAAAUUCGUUCUUGUAACUCUAUUUUGAAUAUGAAGAUUUGAUGAUCUCAAAGCAAAUACCGUGAAAAUUUAUAAAAUGUCACAGGUUCGUCAUCUUUUUUUGUAAUUUUCAAAAGAAGCACCAUGAAAUUGUGUCAUCUUUUAACUAAUAUGGUUGUCAGUUCACAGUUUGUAUCUUACAAUAUAAGUGUUAUCAAGUUAUUACGUCGUACUUAUAUACGAUACUUUGCAGAAAAUCCUCAAAUCCGGCGAUCAAAAAAAUUCGAAGAACAACAGAAUUCUUGCCAUUCAAGGUCUAUGAAGUUUUUCCGGAAUAUGGCCCAGCUGACAUCAGGUGGUUCAAUGCAUACAAGAAUUUUCUAUGUUGCUUGGAUACUGCUCAUCAUAUCCCAUAAGUCCUUCUCACAAGAAUCCCCCACAACUCCGGCCCCAACACUCGCCCCAACCACGCCCCCAGGCCCUGAAUGGCCGGCCGCAAUCAGGGAAGCUCUGGAGCACCGCGAUUCAUUUUUGGAAGCAAUCCGAACGAUCAAAGACGAUCACACUGUGGCAAAUGUUAGAGCAAGUAUCCCAAAACUCGAGGCACUGCUUUCGGCUUUCGAAAGCUUCCAUGAAGUAGAUUUCAAAACGGCCCAAGCCCACGAUGACGAAGAAACUCGUAAACUUUUCAGAAAAAUCAGUGAAAAAUUUACCAAAAUACAAGUCCGCGAUCUUUAUCGACCUUUGUCGCUCGAGAAAGACUACCAGCGAACUGGUCUUGGAUAUGCCCUGGGAAAAUUCAAAAACAUUUACGAUAUCGACUGCUUGUACAAAUUAAUAUCCCCUCCCAAAGCUCCACGAGAAAUACGAUUACCGCUUGACAAGAUGUGUGUCGGAAUGAAGGCGCCGAAUUCCGACUAUGCACCGAUUAGUACGAUAUGUAGAGAUUUCAAUACGUGCGUGCAGUCGGAGGAUGAUGACACAUCAGAUGCUUGUACAAGCGGAAAUAAAUGCGACAUACCCAAGGCUGUGCCAAAAUUUGCCGCCUUGCUUUGGUAUAAAAUCAGCAACUACCUAGUCCAGGUUAUUUGUGGAACUUUCAGCGAAGAUGAUGACAGACUGUCUGCUCGUCGACAUUCUCAAAGAGAUGAUGACGAUGAAGAAGACGUUCGCAAGAUUGCUUAUCAAAACAUGCAAAGAGAUUUAAAACAUGUUAUGUCUUAUAUGAUGAACACUGACUGGGAUAACUUCUUCUCAAGCUUCGUCAGUUCCGGAGGAUUCAGCACGCUGCCAAGGUUGAUGGAAUUAGUAGGAGAGCGAAGAGAAUUUAUGAGCCAUGCUGCUGUUGCUUGCAAUGACCUGAAUGCAGAGAGUGUGUGCGCCAUUGCAGACAUUUACAAACAAUAUACUCUACUGGCAAAGAUCGCAGGAGGUUCAAUGGUUGGCCCGAUUCGCGACCUUCGUGUUAAAGAAGGCGUAAACAUCGCCGGUCUGCUGUCAAAGACAAAAGAUGACAUGCAACACUUGGAAACGAUGGCCGCCAUCAGCUCUGUGGACGCAAAUCUUGAAGCAUCCGUCGCUGGUAUAGCAAGUUAUUUCAGAACACUAGCACAGUUCGACCAAGAUAUCGCCCAACAGGAUGUUGGUUACAUCGAUGACAAACUAAAAGAAUUUCGCAAAAAAACAACAGAGGUACAAGGGAAAUUGAAAGGAGACUUUGGCACACUUAUGGGUAUAGUUGAGACGGCUCUGGCAGCGCAAUUAAUUUCCGAAGUCACAAGAUUGGCCUCAGUUAUCGCUGAAAAUUCAAAUCCAAUGAAGGUGAUGUUGACCGGUGUUGAUGUUGAUGAGUUGUAUGAACGAACCACUGCCGUGGUUGCCGCUGCCCAGCAAGUGGUUGUCGGAGCUCGACUCGUUGAAGCGAUAAAGAACCUGGCGCAAGAUUCCUUAAAGCUGAUAGAAAAUUUCCAAGAAAACAGAAAUCAGCUGGAUGGUCUGAUGACGCUCGUUGACGCAACUACAGAUGCCGAAUCGGAUGUCAUUAAAAAGAAUGCGGAUAAAUUUGUUGAAGAUUACGGUGCUUAUACGCCAAUGGUUAACCGCGCUGAUUUGGAUAAAAAUUCAGGCUUAUGGACUGCAUACAAAGAGAGAGCUUGUGAACUAUUAUCUGGUGCAUCAGGGGAAGAUAUUGAGUUACCCAUUGGACAGACAGUGCAAGGCGUUCUGUUAUUAUGCGAAAAACUUGAGGGAACUUUGGCGGAAUACUUCACGCUACGAGAGGAGAUAUUUGACUUCCAAUUUCAACUGGUUGACGCGCUCACGAAAGUCAUCAGAGGUGUGAUUGCAAAAGAUUUGGCUUCCUCAAUCGAAGGCAAGAAUGAAGUGUUCAACGUUUACGAUUUGGUCAGAGGAUUCGCCAUGCAACACCACAAUCUCCAAUCAAAUAUCUACCUUUAUUGCAAUAUUUUGCAGUAUAAAAACCACGGCCGAAGAGACCGUCGAUGUCUAACCAGCGGCUUUUUCGAUUAUGCCAUACUUAACGAGCUAACAGAGAUCACGGAGCCUCCGUAUUACACACAAUCUCGCUACGUGUUCAUCCCAACCAGACCUGAGCGUGUUGGUGACACAGGUUACAUCAAUCUUCCAUCGUUGGCAGCUGGAAAUGAUGUAAUAUUUCAACUGCCAAGAGAUCGUGUUUGGCUGACGGAUAAUAAAUGGAUCACUUGCGAAGAAGUAACGGCGCCAUUUGUUUCAAGCAUCAAAGUGUAUCUUCCUCUUGGUGACUAUUCAGGUGUCCAGGAGCGACACACCGUCACGACCACAACCAUUGCAAGUGAUUUAGGAAGCUUUGCUCACUACAAUAAAGAUAUUCGCUAUUUGCUACCAACCACUCACACCAGUUUUAUCACAACAUACGAGAAAGGACAUCGAAAUUGUCCUUUUGGUAAAGAAAUGGCCGAUCCAUACGGCCUUUGCGAGACGAUUCCUAACAUAUGUGACAAUACCGACCAUGAUUUGACGUCAACCGUGUUGUUACGACCUACAAUAUUGUCUUCGUGGAAGUUAUCAUAUUCCGUCAUGUCGGGCUCAAAUAGAGUGGAUUGGAUUGCCCCAAAACCAGCUACCAAGCUUUACUUCCUGGCAAAGGUAACCUAUAGCUUUGGAAAAAUUCUGAAUAAGGAGUCUGAACGCUACAGUUACAUUGCCGUUCGUUGGCCAGCAGUGAACAUUCUAAAUUAA